GCAGCUGAAACGGGACCCCAGACACCACAGCAAGUCCCAAACCCGACAGCGGGACACAGCCAGACAACACGAUGGCACUGAGCACACAGGUCCAGGCCGCCUGCCUCCUGCUCCUCCUCCUGGCCAGCCUGGCCAGUGGCUCAGCUCUCCGGCAAGAGACAGGACAGCUCACGGACCUCCAACCCCAGGACACAGCGGCAGCCGAGGCGGGCUUGAAGCCCGUGCUCCAGAGGCUAAGGAGGCGAGACACCCACUUCCCCAUCUGCAUGUUCUGCUGCGGCUGCUGUAAAAAAGCAAAGUGUGGGAUGUGCUGCAAGACGUAGAGCCUCCCCAGCCUGCCCCCGGACCUCCCUCCCCUCCGUAUUUAUUCCUGCUGCCCCCUGACUCUCAGUGAAUGGACUUGGAAUAAAAUGGCUCGUUCUGUCUGUUGUUUUCCA